AUGGAAUCGAUACCAAGUGACUCGAUAUUCGAGUUUAAUCCAGACACGCUCAAAUAUCUGAGAAAACAGUAUGAUUUGGACAGCCCCGGGAGAAUUGAGGAAGCUAUCGACAUAUUACAGGAGUGGAUAAAGAAGCAGAACCAUUUUGUUGUUAAAGAUUUCCCACGGGACUAUUUAGAGAGGUCGAUCAUUAUAAGCAAAGGGUCCGUGGAACGAGCUAAGACAAAAUUGGACAGAAUAUGCACUUUUAGAACCAUAUUUCCGGAUUUCUUUGGCGUGCAUGAUGUGAAAGAUUCUCCGCUAUUGGAUGAUCUAUAUGGAGUUUUUCUCCCUAAACUCACAAAGGACCAAUACAGGGUGUUUUUACUAAAAAAUAAGGCAGAAAGAUUUAAAAUGGGAUUUCUUGAUUUCUAUCGUUACUUCUUUAUGCAAUGUGAAUACAUUCAAGCUCAUGACUACUGCAAUGGUGCAAUUCUUGUGAUAGAUUAUACAGAAGCCAACGUCAUGGAGACAGUGAAAUGGUUCAACGUGGUUGACUUGCGUGAAGCCCUCACGAUUGUAAGGGAAGGAUACGGUAUGAGGAUAAAAGGUAUUCAUUUUGUAUCCGGCUCAAGAGCAAUGGAUGCAAUUGUAAUGAUUUUCAAACAAGUUUUAAGCGCUAAGGUCGCUGGACGUAUCUGUGUUCAUAAAACUAUGGAUGACAUUCUGGAAUUCCUAGACAAAGACAUUAUUCCAGUGGAAUAUGGCGGCAAUGAAAAACCUUUACUUGAAUUACAUAAAAAGAACAUGGAGAUAUUGACAUCGGAUAGUUUUACUGCUUAUCUACGUGAAAUCAGCAAGGCGAAAACUAACGAAAGCUUAAGAUUAUCAGAUAAUCAAACCAAUCAAUAUGGGUUACCAGGAUCAUUUAGAGCACUGACUGUUGAUUAAAAUAACCAAUUACUGCCGCAAUAAAAAUAAUUAAUUAAUAAUGACUUAGUGCCGGUUUCACUAAUGUAGAGUGAGGUUUAACCGAAAAAUAAAUUGGACGUAGUGAUAGGUAGUUCUUGCAUUGAAAACCUGCUAAAAUACAACUCUUGCAUAAGACCUAUUUUACGUUGGUGAAAUCGGCUCUUAAUAUUUUACUGUAGUUAGGGUGUCACGUGGAAAGAGGACAAUAAAAAUAGUAUUGUGAUAAUUUAAUUGGUAUAAUUAAUUUAAGAAUCGAUGGACAUAAUUAAAGUUCUAUUGUAACACUUUUCAAUAAUAAAAAAGAUUGAAAGUAGAUAUUUAUUUAGGAUUAGACUUCGAUAUUUCAAAAGUGUUUUUUUAAAUUCACUAUGCAGGGCUAUAUCAUAUGACGUAAAUAAAAAAUAAAAAUAGGUUUACGUAGUCUAUUUAAACAAAACCCUUGAGGAAUAUUAUGGAGUAUCUGCUAUUAUACCUAUCGCAAAAUGAAAACAAGAGUAAUUCAAAAAAAAUUUGACUUUUCAGCUGUAUGGCUAUCAUAGUGACAUACCAAAGUAUAGAAAGUGUAAAGUAGGCAAGUAGGUAGGAACCUAUAUUAACAACAGAUGUGUUUUUUCUCUAGCAAAUUAGGUACAGAUUACAGAUGCAGUUGAAACUCAGAAUUGCCAAUUUUUGGAUAAUGCCAUUUUUGUUUUCAAUGUGUGAUAUACUAUAACUAUAAUAAUGUAUGUAUACUAUAACUAUUAACUAUACAACAUGAUUAUGAGUAGAUAUAAAUAAUUGAUAUGCAAAACGAAACCUAAUAUUGUUAUUAAGUAAGUACCUACCUACUCUCUUAUUUUGAAUUGCUAUCAUAAAAAUCAGCUAUAAACUUCCCCGAUAACAAUAAAACGGUUCGAAAUGGAAACCUGAUUGUAUCAUAAAACUUUACACAUCCUUGCCAACUUUUCUUGAUGAUACAGCAUUUUGUCGUAUGUUCAUGCUAGAAAGAGAUGUCUUUGUUAAGUACCUAUUACUUCUGCUCACAGCUUCCAUGCUUUAUCCGCGAAAAGAAGUUAAUAUGGCGCUCUCUCUUUUUCGUAAUCCCAUACAAAUGAUAGAGACAAAAAUCUCAGUGGGUGUUAACCAUUCUGAGUCACCAACUAUUCACAACAUGUUAUAAAAUAAUAAUCGAAAUUCAAUUAGGAAACCAUUAGUACAUAAUAGUUCAAUAAUAUGAAACUAAAGUUAAUAAACCUAUUAAUAAAUUAUAUCUACUUGACAAUAUGAUAAAAUGUGACCACUCUAGAAAAAUAAUCAUGGAUCACACAAUGCAAAA